GUGUUCAAUUCGGUGGAGUGUUCAGUGAUGGGAAAAGAAGUUGUUUGAAUCAGAUUCAGACCAGUGAUUAAGAAUCGUAGCAAGUGCGAUCCAGUGCGAGUAUUUCCAACCGUUAUAGCAGAAGUAACAACUCUCAGAUCAUAGCGAACGGAGACGAGCAUUGCUGAUCGGAAAAGAAAGACGAACUUAGGAGAAGAAGGAGGAGGGGCAACUGAAAAAAAGGUCGGGGUCAAUCAGAUCUGCGAUGGCGGGGAUUGGGAAUUCGGAUGAUGGUAUGGUAUGAUGAUGGAUCUGAAUAUGGAGGUGUUGCAGGAAUCGGGUUGGGAGGAAUUGAGGAAAGAGGCUCGCAAAGUCGAAGGCGAUCUCGACGUCAAGCUCUCUUCCUAUGCCAAGCUCGGCACUAGGUUCACCCAAGGUUAUGGGGAUACUCGUUCACCAACUGUGGCGUCUAGUAGGUCAUGGAAGUCUGUGGAAAUGGAGAUUCAAUCAUUGCUUGAGAAGCUACUAGACAUAAAUGAUGCCAUGAGUCGAUGUGCUGCAUCUGCUGCACCUACUACUUCAGUUACCCAAAAGCUGGCAAGGCAUAGGGACAUACUUCAUGAGUUUACCCAGGAAUUUAGACGAACCAAGGGGAACAUAAACUCAAUGAGGGAACAUGCAGAGCUUCUCACUUCUGUAAGAGAUGAUAUCAGUGAGUAUAAGGCCUCCGGAAGUAUGUCUCCAAGAAUGCAGUUACUUCGGGAGAGAGCUGCCAUACAUGGAAGCAUAGCUCAUAUAGAUGAUGUGAUUAGUCAAGCUCAAACAACAAGAGCAGCCUUGGGCUCCCAAAGGUCCUUGUUUGGUGAUGUUCAAGGAAAAGUGAAGCUAUUAAGUGACAAAUUUCCUAUUAUUCGUGGUCUAAUUGGUUCGAUCCGAAGGAAGCGCUCAAGAGAUACACUUAUCCUAUCUGCAGUCAUCGCGGCGUGUACAUUGUUUCUUAUUAUCUAUUGGCUUUCGAAGUAAACAGAUUUGAUUUCUUGGCUUGGCAAAACGGAAAGAUUAUGCUGUCCAAGGACUUUCGCUUCUGCAAUUUGUUUGAAUGAUCAAGUUCGCAUUUUUUAAAGUGCGUGCCUUUGGCGGUGCCUGUGCCCAGUAUUCUUUCAGUUCAAGCACUUGCACUGUUGGAGCUAAUGCGAUAUUUUGCCAAUGCCAGUUUUGCACAUAGAGAGAGGGAGAGAGGGGCCCAAAUUCGUUGAAAGGAAUCUCGCCUGUAUUUUAUGCUUCUAUCUUGGAAGUGUAACAAUUCCAUUAGCCACUCUUGGAAGUAACUGUUUUGAGGGUCAAUCAAAGAAAAUUGGGAAAUUUGGAGGUCGGCCCUUUUACAUGCACUCGUUUGGACUCAAGUUUGUGAAAG